AUGUCGUCAGGCCCGGCAACGACCUCUGCAAAGCUCUUCUACUUUGUCGCGCCGGCAGACGGCGCGCGGCCCUACCAGCGCACUGAAGCCGAUCCCCUUACAGGACAGCGGGCCAGGAACUAUUCCUCCGCUGAGCAUGAAGUCACUAUCGAGAACGUCCGCGGCAAGGAGGACACUGUCUCUCUCGACAAGACUGGCUUCCAGUACUUCUAUGCUCCAUCGAACCACAAGUUGUUCUCGAACGACGAAGAGAUCGAGCGGGAAUACUACCCGGAGAGUAUCGAGCUUAUCAAGAAGCUGACCGGGGCAAGCAGGGUGCAGCUGUUCGAUCACACGAUCCGCCGCCGCCGCCCCGGCAACGUCCAAGACAACCCCGACAGCCGCCAGCCCGUCGCGCAGGCGCAUGUCGACCAAAGUGCCGCCGCCUCCAUUGCCCGUGUGCACCGCCACUUGCCGCCGACCGACGCCCCCAAGCUCCUCGAACGCCGCUUCCAGAUCAUCAACCUCUGGCGGCCCAUUAACCACCCGGCAUACGACUGGCCGCUUGCUCUUUGCGAUUACCGCAGCGUCGACUCGAAGAACGACAUCGUGCCGGUCGCACUUGUAUAUCCUGAUCGCGAGGGCGAGACACUGGGUGUCAAGUACAGCCCGAAUUACAGGUGGAAGUACUUGUAUGGGAUGACGCCGGAUGAAAUUGUGCUGAUCAAGUGCUUCGACUCCAUUCAGGAUGGCAGCGUCGCGGCUUUCACGCCCCAUACGGGUUUCGACGACCCGAAUACUCCUGCUGGUGCCCCGCUCCGUGAAUCCAUCGAGCUUCGGGCUCUCGUUUUCUACGAUUGA